GAGCAAAGCAAGCCUAGAGAUGGCUCUCCCCAGUUGUCGUUUUUAAUUCAUCAUAUUCCAUGUUACCCCAAGCUGUGCACACCACACACCACACACACACACCCACACUCGACGCAUCCGGGAUGCAGCUCAGCCAAAAUUUGGUUCUCUUGGGGAUUCUAUGUGGCAUGGUGAUGCCGAUGGAUGUGGCGGGGAAAUCGGUGCCAGUGGCGAAGCAGCAGCUCUCAGGUGGCUCCCAAGCGGAGCCGGCAACUGACACCGGUGUCGUCCAGCUGAGACACAUCAAGCGGCAGGCCAACAGUGUCCCUGUUAUGCCGAUGGACCUGCAAACGAAGCAUGCACCGUGCGACAUGGACUCCAGGGGCGCCACAAGCUACGUCUUCGCCUUUCCCAACCACUGCAUCUGGUCGUACAACAAUCGAUACCUCAGCGAGGGUCAUUACCGCGUCUACAAGAUCUACCAGUUGGAGGCGUUCUUCUUUGGCCAGUAUCACGAACGCAUGAAGCGGUACGAGACCGACCCACACACCUACGACUACAGCCUAACGUAGGUUGUAGGUCCAUCAACCGACAGCCUAAAGCUUCAAGAAAAGCUAAGUAUUCGAGAUUUGAGUAUUCAACUCCAAAUUGAUGUGGCACAGUCUUAAAUUGAUUCGAAUUCUAUGAGAUAAAAUUGUAAAUAAUAGUAAAUUAAGUAUCCUAGACUAAAUUAUUAAGUGUACAGUGUAUUAAAAAUUGGCUGAAAAUG